CCUGAUCAGAGGGCAGGGGAGCAGUGGACAUACUGUACUGUCACUGUAAAACACUUCAGGCCCGGUUUGUCACCACUAACUCGGAAUGGCUGUCUGGUAAUGUGGACCGUCGGCUGUGGAAGCCAUCGCUGCCGCUGUCGUCCCGCCGUGCCUUCGUGAGUCCUGACGGGCCGAGACCCGCCACCAUGGCCUCAGCGUUACCCCGCUGCACAUCUGUCAGGCUCCCCGCUGUGGCCACUGCCGUCCUGCUCCUGGUGUCGGUGACCACCGUGCAGUCAUCUCAAGGCGACAAGGAGCCGGUUUACCGAGACUGUGUGAAGCAAUGUGUCCGGACCAACUGCACCGGAGCUCGGCUACGGGGCUUUCAGUCCUCCCAGCCGAACUACAUGGCGCUGACAGGUUGGACAUGUCGUGAUGACUGUCGCUAUCAAUGCAUGUGGACCACUGUGGGCCUCUACCAGGCCGAGGGGUACAGAGUCCCACAGUUCCACGGCAAGUGGCCGUUCGCGCGCUUCCUGUGUUUUGAGGAGCCAGCCUCUGCCCUGGCCUCUCUGCUCAAUGGCCUGGCUUGCCUUCUCAUGCUGCUGCGCUAUCGGAGCACGGUGCCACGCCAGAGCCCCAUGUACCACACCAUCAACGCCUUCUCUCUGGUAUCUCUUAAUGCCUGGUUCUGGUCUACAGUGUUUCACACCCGGGACACCUAUCUUACUGAGAAAAUGGACUAUUUCUGUGCAACGGCGGUCAUUCUUUACUCAAUUUACCUAUGCUGUGUCAGGACGUUGGGUCUGAGGCGACCUGGCGUGUCCAGCAUGGUGGGAGUCCUGCUCAUCCUGGCCUUUACCUCGCAUGUGUCCUACCUGACCUUUGUCAGUUUCGACUACGGCUACAACAUGGCUGCUAACGCCACCAUCGGCAUGGUGAACCUCCUGUGGUGGCUGUGUUGGUGCUGGCAGAACCGGCGGACCCUGCCAUACUGGUGGAAGUGCGGCCUGGUGGUGCUGCUGCUUCACGGUCUGGCCCUGCUGGAGCUGCUGGACUUCCCCCCGAUGCUCUGGGUCCUGGAUGCUCAUGCUGUGUGGCACCUCAGCACUGUACCAGUGCACUUCCUUUUCUACAGUUUCCUGAUAGACGACAGCCUCUACCUACUAAACACAGAGAAGAUGGGCGUCAAAGUCGAAUAGGAGGAGCUCAUUGCCUCUGCACCACGCCUGCACCCUCGCACCUCUCCAAUCAGGGCAGCUGGACACCCGAACACAGACGUAACUCAGCCUCCCAGAUGACAUGCAUGACAUCACAAUGACUUCCAUCAAAGUAGACUUCGUUUACAUUUCUCUUGUUCUUAUUGUUGUUGUUUUUUUUUAAAAGUAUUUCUUUGGGGAGUAACUUCUCUCUUCUUUCGAUCACCACUGAUGCUUGCUCUACUUAACUUUGCCUUGUUCUUACAUGUGCUCGACGGUUCUUUUGCCAUUUAUCAUAACUGCAACACACGAAGGAACAAGUUUUGUGGUCUACAGCAGGAGACCUAGUGUUUUGUACUUCCAACUGUGACAACUGGGAUCCAUAUCGUGCUUCUUUUAACUCUGCUUCUGAAAUUGAUCCCCUGACCCCAUGACUCUGACACGCUUAGCUCUGCACAGAUAGCAGUUUGCUGUAGCUGACAAUAGAUGGCACCAAAUCCCAAUGCCAGGCCAUCACGGUAGCGUCUACUAUGUGUGGUCCAGCGUGCGUCUGUGCCAGUAGUGGACUGGCGGACACAGAGAGGUGCCCCUUGUGAAGUGGGAGGGAGUCUGCCAGUGGAUUGUUCUAGAUAGAGAGGGGGAAGGGGGUUUAUGUUUGGAGGCCAUUCUAGCUGACUGUGUUUUUUUUUUCUUUUCUCACCAUCACACCUUUAUUUUUGUGCCUGUGUUGUUUCCACUGCUGCUUUUGUUUCAUUCUCAUUUUUAUCAGCUGCCUUUUUUUAAUUCUGUCGUCUUCAACCAAUUUGUGUGCUUUAUUUUUUUUAUUUAUUUUUUUUUUACUUUGAUUACUUGAUUUUGAAUUUGGGUGGGAUAUGCCUGAUGAUCAUGAAAUAUUAUUUUCAAUCACCUGGAUUGCCUUUAUGUGUGAGGAGAAGGAGAAAAUGAUUGAGGUAGGAGAAUAAGCUGCGACAGGAAGCUGGGGGCUUUUUUUUUUUUCUUUUUUUUUUUCCCCACAUCAAGAGUUUCAAAUAAAUUCUGGGGUUAGGCUGUGUGUCUGGAUGAGUUUCAGCUGUUUGUUUGAUACCUAUUAGUUGGAUUUGGUUGCAUUUCUUGCUGUAAUUCCCAGACUUGCACACACACACAACCAGCUGCUGUACAGACAACUGCCCCAUCAUGUGAAAUACUCCACGUCCUUCCAUGUCUGCCUUACAUACUGUAUCAUAACCUGCUUAUUAAUGAGCAUGCUUCUUUUUUUUUACUGUUAUUUUGAAACCAAAUCGUCCUUUUCCUGGCACCAAAACUCUUGAAUUCAUACCAUGUAUGGCUUCAUCCCUCAGAGCUUCCUUCUCAUAUGUGCACUUUACGAGUGUGUGUACAUUUACGUGCAUUUUUUGCCCAUGCUUUUGUGUUUCUGUGUGAGAGCAAUGAGCAGUACAAUAUGUGCGUACACGUUGCCUUGACUCGACAUUGUGUUGUUUUUGCCACCGUUAACUGAAUCACUGUGCGCGUGUGUGUGUGUUAGAGAGAGAGAGCUAGACUGUGCUCGGUCCUUUUGUACAACUACUAAUGUGAGAGAGAGAGAGUGUGUGUGUGUGUGUGUGUGUGUGUGUGUGUGUAUACAAAUAUAUAUAUGUUGGAGGUUUGAGGCAUGAAUGUGUGUGAGACGAUGGGUAAAUAUAGCUUUGCUAACAGCCUGUGAUGGGGGUGGGGGGAAGACACGGAGAGGCUGUCAUAGGUUUGGGUGGCAAAAAGAUUCCUGACAUUAUAGCAGAGAUAAUGAACAUUAUAUUGUGUGUGUCCUCAGUUGUAGUUAUGUUUGUUGAUCACUGGGAUUCCAACUAUGACAAUUACACACCUCUAAAAAUCAAACACAAGAACAAAAUCUGAUUUCAAAUCAUCACCCAUUCGAAACUGAAACUCCACAGACAUGAAACUUGUAAAUAAUCUCAUGGGUAUCUGUUUUAAUAAGUUGAAGAUUUCCUUGAGGAAUUACCAUAAAACAAACUCCUGUUUUUGCUCUGUAAAUCAUCUCAUUGUCCAUUUCCGUCUUCCUCACCGACAACCACAUCCCUCCACCUCCUCCCUCACUCAUCUGCUGCCCCCUGCCUGCUGCCCUGUGCACCAUCACCUCUCCCACUGAGAGCACUUUUCCUCCACCUCGCAUCUAAUAUCUGACCAAAAAAUCUGGACAAAUAAAAGUGUUCUUUGUUGAUAAGGA